AUGCGGUGGACGUUGAUGCAGAGCCGCACGCAGUUGAUUUGCUGUUGUCUCACAAGGUUCAUUGACUUUCUGCUGCCCAUGAGUUCGUCGGAAAGAGAGCUCUUACUCAGUCGAGACCAGCGUUUCUUGCGCCGUCCAAGAUGCAGCUGUUCCGUUUGUAACUGUUGUUGCUGCUGCUACUCUGCUGACAAGAGGGAACUCGACUACAGCUGGAGCACAGGCGACGUUUGCCUCGCUCAGCUGCUGCAGCGUGAGAUCGAUGCGCAUCGCGUCUUGGAAAUUCGGAGGCGAAUUCUCUCUGAUUCGCCAGACUUUUUGCUGCUUGCCGCCUUCCAAUUCGUCGAAGAUCCUAGCCUUGCUGCUGUCACUCCACUGUCACUGGCAGAAGCACUUGCGGAGGAAGGCUUCGUCCUGACACAAAUGGAUCAAAAGCUAAUAUUUCGCAGACUCGACAGGUCAUCAUGCCACUGA